GGUCGGAGGAGCAGACCAAUAGCAAGCCUACUGUAUGGACGACCAGAGAAGCAUUGACCUCGAAAAUGUUGGAGAGAUUAAUUUGCUUCGCAUAAUUUCCAGAUCCCAAGCAUCCUUCCGUUCCUCUCGCUCCAAACCAUGUGGUCAUUAAUCCUUAAGCCUCUCAUGUGUUGAAUCUUGGGAUACCAUCCAACUUCAAACACCAAGAAGAACCACCGAUCCCUUCCUAUCCACCCCCAUCACCUCCCCUCACCUAAGGCUGAUGAACUCCACCAACAGCCCCACUCUAAGCCCCCAUGGAGGUCCUGACGUCUUGCUCAGCCCCCAGCACAGCGGCAAGCUACGCUAUAUUCUCGGCUUCUCCGUCGGCACCCUUCUCUUCAUCGCCUGCAUCACGUUUGUAUACUACUUAUGCACCCGAGCCAACGUGCCGACCCAGGCACCGCGCCGGCGGUCGAGUGGGCCUGCCGGUGAGGCAAGGGUGGCCGACGCCGAGGCCGGGGUCGAUGAGGCUACCCUGAUGAGCUACCCCGAAGUGCUUUACUCCAAGGUCAAGGUCAAGGGGUCGACGAUGACGACCAUGGCCUCUUGCUGCUCUAUAUGUCUUGCCGACUACAAGGACACCGACGUGCUUCGUGUUCUGCCGGACUGUGGGCACCUGUUCCAUCUCAGCUGCGUCGACCCAUGGCUGAGGUCGCAUCCGACGUGCCCGUUGUGCCGCACCUCGCCGUUGCCGAGCCCUAUUUCGACGCCUUUGGCUGAGGUUGUUCCAUUGUCAAGGCGAUCAUGGAAUGUAUGAAUUGAUACACAGGGCAGGAAAGAACUUUGUUAGGGUGUUUUUUUUUUCAUGACAUGAUACUCUUCUGUGAAUAGUGUGUGUCUCAAUUCAACUCAAGCUAUGUUUGCAUAUUAAGCACAUUAUUAGAUACAGUUGUAUUCUUUCCUUGGAGAAGCAGGAAGGUGUUAGACCCUUCUAGUUUGAGCUUGGGGAUCACUGGUUAGGGCUAGCAAUGAUGUGUAAUUUGGGCAGGGUUGUUGGUUCAUGGUGCGAAUUCAUCUUCUAUCCCUCUAGCUAUGGCUGAAGCUUGAAUUGCUUUGUUUAGUUCAGGUUUCAUGAAUAGGAGCGGGUGUAACUUCUCAACUUAAUUUUCUUAAUUACAAGAGAAAAAUGAAGGGAAAGGAAUUAGUUAUGUUUCA